AUGGAUAUAGAGCCAGAAAUAGAUGAAACUCAAGCCAAAAAUGUUGCUGUGCAGCUCGGAGACCAGAUAGAGCAGGCAAAAGAAGAAAUCGAACAAAUAAUAGACAAGGGCAAAGAGCUCCGUGACAAUAUCAGAAGGAAAAAGAGAGUACUACCCAUAUAGGAACUUGAAAAAAUCAAAGACCAAAUCCACCAAGCUGCUAGCAAAUUAAAUGCUCAAAAAGCAGAAGAGAACAAAAAAGCAGGCCCUUCAUUAUUAAAUGAUACCGAACAAGAAGCUUAUAACAUGAAAUUCAACGAAGUGAUUACUGAAAUGUUCAAUUAUUAUUCCUCUAAAUAUGAAAUUGAAAAUGGCUAUGCUAAAUUCAAAGAAAAUCUAGCAUCAGUUGAUGUAGAAUUCGAAGGACAAAGAGUAUCAUUUUUUGUAAACUAUACAACUACGUUUAAUCUUCUAAUUUCUCUUAAAUAAUAUAUUAUUUUAAUUAUUUUUAAAUAUUUUAAUAAAGAUAAUAAAUAAUAAAUUAUAGAGUAAAAGCUAUAAAUAGGAGUAAGAGAAAGAGUCAGCAGCUAUUGAUCUGUGCCAAUUGACGAUAUUUUUUUCACUGAUAUCAAGCCUGAUGAUAUUAAUUUCCCAAACCCUCCAAUUUUUUUAGGCGAGCAGUUCGUAAUGGAUGAAAUUUACCCAUGAAACCAUAUGAAAUGUAAAAAUAACUUGGUCCUUUAUUUGAUUCUCAGAAAAUACCAAUCCCUCGAAGACAAAGUUGAAGAAUUGCUACCUAAAACUCACAUGAGAACAGACAGAAACUCAGCUGAUGAGCUCAAAGUUUCAGACGACGAACAAACCAUCAACGACAAAAAACGAAAAAAAGGCCAGGAGCCAAUCGACCACGGCAAAGAAAUAAAGAAAAAACAACGCACAUAUACAAUAAUCAGCAUAUUACAGUCAAUAUUUUCUUUAACUUUGUUUUUGUUAUGAUCAUUUAUGAUGCCUGCAGAAACGCUUGCGAAAAAAGCUGUAUGAAUGAACCAUUUAAUUGAGCAGAAAUUUUUGUGGGAUUUUGAUUUCAGGUAUGACGUAUAUUCUAUGCAUAUGGAGACUUCUUCUAGCACUGACCCUUAUGUAAUGAUUUUGGACGAAGUAACGUUCUGAGACUACGUUUAUUGGAUUGAACAAAUUGUAUUUGCUAAUAAUAUUGCUGAAGAAAGAGACUAUGGGACUGUUAGCGAUAAUAUAAAAAUGAUAGGAUAUGUAGAAUUUCGACAAGUCAGGUCAAAAGUACACCAAUGUGAAGAGGAUUUAAUUAAAAAUUACACGUGCGCUGAUAGCUUUUCUCUAGAUGAUGCAGAUAAAACUGAUUAUGGCACAUAUGAUGGCUUCAAAUAUAAAACGUCUAAUAACGAUUUUAUCAUAUAUGGGAGCAUUUCGUCUUAUAAUCUUGAUGGGUUUUCUGCUUAUCUUGACCCUACAAACUUUACAGACUGGUCUUUGAAAAAACAGCGGCUUAUUGCUAAUAAAUGAAUUGAUCCAGGCACCCGCGCGGUUUUCCUCACUUUUAAUCUAGCUAACGUCGAUCUUGGUUUACUUACAACUGUAAUGCCAUUUGUGGAAAUUGACAGAGUCGGCAACUAUUUUACGAAUUUCCAAAUUUAUACCAUAAAUUAUGAGCUUUAUAAAGACGACUUGAUUUAUUAUCAUGUAUUUAUUUUUAUUUUACUGUUUUUUGCCACGAUUUUUGAGAUUAGAAGGCUUUUUCUCCCAAGGAUUUUUUACAAAUAUAUGGCCAAAAAGUUUUUGACGAAUGAAGAAUCUGAUGUAAAUUUCAAAGAGCUGAACGAGCUCUUGAUAGAAAAUAAUAAAAAACCGUUUUAUAAGAGGCUUAGAAAGCCUAAUGGGACUGAAAUAUUUGUAUUCGUAGUAUUAGUGUGUGCUUGGAUUAUGGAAAUAACUAAACUAAUAUGAUAUUCUUCAGCUUAUAAGCCAGGUAUUGAUAUAAUUAUUUAUAAUUAAUAUAAAAUUCCAACAGUUUCCAUUUUCCUUUUAUUAUAACAAAAAUAGAUAGCAGCUACCAGCAAAAUGCUUAAAUCAAUUGUAAAUAGGCAUAUAGACACAUCAACCUAUACAAAUUUGAUUAAAAUAGGAUAUAGAGGUUUCCUCUAUAUAGCGCUAAAAGCGCAGACAUUUUCCCAGGAGCUUUCCAAGUUCGUCGGACCAAAUCGCUUUUUGGUCCGACCAAGGCAUUGAUUUGGUGCAACCUACCGAUAAAUUCCGAUCAGAAUUUAUCGGCCUUUACAGCGCCAAACAUAGGAAACUUCUAUAUGAGUUCCAAGCAAUUGAAAACGCAACAAGCAUAAUCAUUGUUACUUUAGCUCUAACUUUGCUGAGAUAUGGAGUAUUUUAUAGUAGAAGAUUAACCCUGAUGUAUAACAUGGUAAAAAGAGCAAUGAUCGAAAUCUGUGUUUUCCUGUUUUUCUGUGUAUGUACUCCUAUAAUAGGGUUUACUGUACUUUAUUUCUAUAUGUUGGGGCCAUGGGAUAUGACUUUUUCAAGAGUUGACUACGCGUUUUUGGGGAUCAUUAGACUUGUGUUGGGUGAUUGACCAACUAAGUAUGAUGCCUUUUAUAUUGUUCCUAUUGGGUAUAUCAUUAUUUAUCAACUUGUUUUUGCUGUUUGGAGAAUUAUUAUUAUUAACUGCCAAAUUAUUAACUUGAAAGAAGUGCUGUCGCUGUCUAGAACUAAAGCUUUGAGUACAGGAGUGAAAAGCAGACGAAAGCAAAAAGAAGAAGAGAAUCAAAAAUAA